AUGCACCACCCUGAGGCGGUGCCCAGAACCUGCCCUGCCCUCUUUGAGACACCAGUUCUUACCCAAAAAAGCUCAUCUGAUUUACCAAUGGCCGACACAAACCGUGAUUCAACCCCAGACGACAUUCAAACCAUCCCAAAUCCCGAUUCUACCAGUACUCCUGCCCAUCGCCCACCCAUCCCGCCAAAAACGAGGCAAUCUGCCCGCAAAAAUAAUCCAACUGCCACCCCAGGAAAGAUCAAAGGAAUCAAAUGCUACAACCGGCUCCGAGCCCCAGACCGAACCCUCCUCAACCCAAGAGACCAGUGCUGGGCCCAAAACCAUUUACAACAUGACGCAGGACUCAGAUGA